GGUUGAUUGUUUUAUUACUAAUAUUUAAAAUUUGUGAAGUUUGAUUUCACCAAUAGAAUGUUACCACAUUUAAAAUUAAUAGCUAAACAUGGGAGAAGUUACCGUGUUCUAUUAAAUAGGUGCAUUGUGCAAAAAUUUGAUUUGCAUCGUUUGUUUAGUUCAUCGGAAUCACCGGAAGUCGACAUAUUACUGAGUACUGGUCGUGUAGUUCACAUUUCAACGGGCAAAUAUGCCCGCUUUGCGGACGGUUGCUCUGUGGUCAGUGUUGGCGAUACCGCCGUGAUGGUUACGGCCGUUGCCAAACAGAAAGCAUCUGGCGGGGCGAGCAGUUCGUUUCUUCCGCUGGUAGUCGAUUACCGGCAGAAAGCAGCAGCUGCCGGUCGGAUCCCAACAAACUUUCUACGACGAGAGUUAGGACCUUCGGAGAAGGAAAUUCUUGCUGCCCGCUUGGUGGAUCGGUCUGUAAGACCGCUCUUUUCGACGGAAUUUCGAACUGAAACACAGCUUGUUUGCAAUAUGUUGGCCAUCGAUGCUAGCAACCCACCCGAUGUACAAGCAAUAAAUGCAGCCUCAGCGGCUCUAAGCCUAAGUGACAUUCCUUGGAAUGGGCCGGUAGGGGCCGUUCGUGUCGGUUUAGUUGACAACGAAAUAAUCAUCAAUCCAACUCGCAAGGAACUCCAACUGUCUGCACUGGAUUUGGUAGUAACAGCCACAAAGCAGAAAUUAGUCGUAAUGUUAGAAGGACGGGGAAAUGUCGUUAACGAAAACGAACUUCGAAUGGCAAUCAAAAAAGGCACCAAAGAGGCACAGCUAAUCAUCAGCGGGAUAGAAAAACUGCAAAAAUCUUUCGGAAAACCUAAACGAGCUUUAGACCCAUUGCCCCAACCGGAACAGGAAAUCGAAGACGCCGUUAGGACGAUGUCCGAGAUGCGGCUGAGAGAGAUUUUUCACGAUUUCACACACGAUAAAAUCAGCAGGGAUCAAGCGGUCAACAAUACUCGAACCGAUACCAUCGACAAGGUUUGGUCUAGCUAUCCAAGCUAUGACCCAGCGCUGAUAACUGACUGCUUCAAUCGUUUCGUCAAAUCUGUCUUCCGAGAGAUGGUUUUCGAAGAAAACAGAAGAUGCGACGGUAGAAAUUUAGACGACCUCCGCAAAAUAACCAGUACCGUGAACCUCCACCGACCACUGCAUGGCUCUGCACUGUUUCAACGUGGACAAACGCAAGUAUUUGCAACCGUUGCUUUGGACUCCCUUGAAAGUGCCCUUAAACUAGAUCCAAUCACCUCGCUGGAUACCGGAAUCAAAUCGAAAAACUUUUUCUUGCACUACGAUUUCCCACAGUUUGCCACCGGAGAAAUCGGUAAAGUCGGUCCGGUAGGCCGUCGAGAAAUUGGUCACGGAGCUUUGGCCGAGAAAGGUUUGCUGCCUAUCAUUCCGAAUGAGCAUCCCUUCACGAUACGGCUUACCUCGGAAGUGCUGGAAUCGAACGGUUCCAGUUCGAUGGCAACAGUGUGCGCCGGUUCGAUGGCACUGAUGGAUGCCGGUGUACCGGUGCACGAGGCGGCGGCUGGGGUUGCGAUCGGUUUGUUAACUAAAUAUGAGAAUGAUGAUACAAAACACCUGCAGGACUACAGAAUCCUAACCGAUCUGUUGGGUAUCGAAGAUUACCUUGGCGAUAUGGAUAUGAAGGUAGCCGGUACGCGGAAGGGAAUGACGGCAAUUCAGGCUGAUAUUAAGGUGCCUGGAAUACCACUGAAGGUUGUGAUGGAAUCCUUGCAAAAGGCAAUGGAAGCUCGCUUCAAGAUACUUGAUCUGAUGGAUGAAACCAUCGCCGUAACGAGAAGCAUGCGAAAAGACUGCUGGCCCGUAACGGACCGAAUCCAGAUCGAGCCCCACCAGCGUUCGAAAUUUCUAGGUCCGAGUGGGAUCAAUCUGCGUCGGCUGUAUCUGGAAACCGGUGUACAGUUGACGCAGGAAGACGAAAACAGCUUUCGGAUAUUUGCCCCCUCGGAGGCGGCAAUGCACGAAGCGAAAGAGCAUCUGGAGAAUCUGAUGAAGGCGGAAAGGGUGCCUGAUUUGGAUUUUGGAGCUAUCUACACUGCCAAAAUUGUGGAAAUACUGGACACCGGAGUUAUGGUGACGCUGUACCCGUCGAUGCCGCCCGCUUUGUUGCACAAUUCGCAGCUGGAUCAGCGAAAGAUCGCCCAUCCGUCAGCGCUAGGCUUUGAGGUAGGUACGGAGAUUCAAGUCAAAUACUUCGGGCGAGAUCCGGUGUCAGGUUUUAUGCGCUUAUCUCGAAAAGUACUACAAGGACCAGCCAGCGCCAUGGUGCGUAACCUCGAACGGCCGAAAGCUGCUGCUAGCAGUAGCAAUAACAGCAGUUCUGCGGAUCCUUCUCAAGCUGGUUCCACCACCACUAGUAAUAGUACAGUCGAACCGAAAUCGUAACUUUAUUUGUGAAACUUUAAAACCUACAGAAUGGAAGGUGCUUAUGACUAGAGACAAAUUCUUGUAAAUAAUAAGUCUAAGAGGAUAAAUCG